AUGGAGGGACAGAGGCGGCAGCGGCGACUGGUAGGACCAGGAGGAGGUUCUUCGCAGCGACGCACAGGAGCUCCAUCCUGUGAGUUCCACAUCUUGGCUUCUGCACUUCCUUACAUCUUUGUUGUUUUUUUUGCAUGUUUUGACGUCUGUAUAAUGUCUUCUUUUGCCAGCACAGCGUCGGAUGUUGAUCCGGGCAACGUCGCUAGCCAGAGAACGGCCGAGCCGGCGGUUGUCGUUGAUAACGCCACUGAGUGGACCACCCAGGGGCUAACCGAGGAGCAGCCCACGGUUGUGACUGCAGCGGAGACUGCCGAGGAUAGCCCGGCUCAAGCGAGGACCAGGGCGAGCACACCGACAUGGGACGAUGAUGCUGCGAGGACGCCUCCCCCGAGUAGUGUCACGGAGGAGGGAGACAGAGCCCCGACUCCCCCGCCCGCUGAAGAAAGGAGGGGCCCAACUCCACCCCGGGCAGAGACUUCUUCGCCAAAGGGCUCCCCUCAUCGGGGUAAGGGUCCUGUGAUACCUAUUACCGUGGCUGGGGGUAGCGCGGAGGGCGAGGAGGCCCAGGCGACCUCCGACAACGAGGUGGAGCAGAUCUAG